CAUUACAAAGUGAGUGAUUUCCUAACCUUACGAAUUUCCACAUCUCUUCACUGAGUUACUUAUAGAGUAAAAAGCAUUAGCAACAUCAUAAUUCGUUAACAAUUAGGAGGACAAACAUGGCUUCGAUCAAGUCUACUACUAUCUGUUUCGUCACUGCUCUUUUCAUCAGCCUUACAAUAUCUUCCGUUGUUGCUGCCUCCGGCGAGGAAUUCAAAGUUGGUGAUGCUGUGGGUUGGCGUCAGCCAAGUGUUAAUGAAACAGAUCUCUAUCAUCACUGGGCUUCAAAGAAGAAAUUUCACGUCGGCGAUUCACUCCGUUUUGAGUACAAGAAUGACUCGGUUGUCGUAGUCGACAAAUGGGAAUUUUAUCAUUGCAAUAGGACUCAUCCAACUUCGGGCGCUAAGGACGGCAACACCACAGUAAAUCUCGACAGGGCUGGUCCCUUUUACUUCGUGAGCGGUGAUCCUGAGCAUUGCAAAAAUGGCCAGCGUUUAGCCAUUGAAGUUCUCCCACUAUACCCCAUCUCCCAAUCUCCACCACAACCAAUUUCACUGGCGCCAUCGCCAUCGCCACUUUCAAGCUCAGCACUUGUUUCUUCAGUUCCGCUGAUAUUCAUCUCAGUGCCGCUUAUGGUUGCUGUUAUUGUCUUUGUUUAGUGAUUUACUCUAACAUUCUACUAAGAAUAUUUAGGUUGUUUAGCUAAUUAUUUCAAGCAUUCUGGUGCUUUAGGUUCUAGAUUCUGUUGUUCCACUUUUCAUUCUAGAUUUAUGGCUCAUUUUAAUUUAUUGUGUACAUCCCUCGUACUUGAUGGAAAUUUUUAUUUAUUUAGUAAUUUUUCUUUCGGUUCU